GCAGCAUAUUGUCACUCCACAUUAUCAUCAGUGUGCCACCAGGAAGUGCAAUUAAGGCUUCUGUCCGGGUGCUUGUACGUCCCUGAACAUGGUGCUCCAUCUGACACAUAAGAGACUAGAUCUCACGUGAACGCCAAAUGCAAUCACGGUGGCGUUCGCUCUAAAAAUCAAUGAGGCAGUGAGAUAUGAAGCCCACAUCAUUCGCAACACUUUGUGGGCGACGGAACAACAGCUUUUAAAUGAGUUCCCCCUCGUGCCUGCGCAGGGAAUAGUUUGAUGGUAAAUAUCAUGGGAAGGUUUCACAACCUCCUCAUUGGCUCAGAAGUCAGAGACCCCCAUCAUAUAAAGCGAGAGUGGUUGAUCUAGCAGCCCCCUUUCCCCGCUGGCGAGCGUUGUGGAUCACACCUGGACUUCAGCAAUCGGAAAAAUACCUUUUACGCACGGAGGCUGCAGCCGAGCGCACGUCGAUUUGGAAAGAAAAGAGUUGCACAGACAACAGAGAAACCGUGAGCUGAGGCGUCUGAGUGGGCAUGUGGUUACUGGAGAGGCUCCGCAGCGGGACGCAAUCCCAGUCCCCGCAGACAGUGGAGGCCAUCCCCGUCUCGGUUUAUGCCAAUGUGCUCACCCCGGAAAAGAUCCCCGAUUUCUUCAUCCCACCCAAACUUAUCUGCUGCCCGCCAGACGAGCCGGUCACCCCAGAGCCUCAGCACUGCUCCACCCUGAGACCCUCCUCCUCUGACCAUGCCAUCUGCAGCCAGAGCCCCAGAGCCCGGAGCAGCAAGAACCCCUGCAGCCCCCGCCUAUUCGCCCGCAACCUCCAGAAGUCAGCCAACCGCCACAUCAUCCAGAUAGAUUGCGCCGACGAGCCAGGUGUUCCGUCCGCGGGCAGGGCCGGCGGCGAAGUCAACACCAACGCUGACCCCCAGUCGCAGACUGCGAUGUCUCUGCCGUACGUCCCCAAGGCCCAGACUUCUUACGGCUUCUCCACCCUGGUGGAGUCCCCACACACUCGGCGCAAAGAGAGCCUGUUCCACAGCGACCCCAGCAGCCCUCUCACCUCCCCGAACUCCCAGAGGCGCUCCCAGGGGGGGACGCUGCUGGCUCCGGCUGACCCCAACCCGUACCGCUACUUCAGCGGCGGAGAGAGCGACACCUGCUCCUCGGCCGAAUCCUCCCCCUUUAACUCCCCUCUCCUGUCAAGAUCUGCCUCUCUACUUCGCUCCAUUACGCAGGAGACGCAAGCCAAGGUGUCUCGUGCCAAGCGCUCCUUGGCACGCCACAGCUCCCUCUCCACGGAUGAAUGCAGCUCAGCAGACAACAGCCCCAACAUGCAGCGCCGCCGCACGCGCUGCCCCCCGUCUCCUGCCUUCCGCGGAUGCAAAGGCGGAGGCUCGAGGGGCGCGGCGUCGGACCUCCUGCAACGCGAGCACACCGUCAACCUCCACAAGGGGGGGACACUGAGGCUGAGCACCCACUACGACCCGGAGGCGGCCCGGCUGAGGGUGCGCGUGCUCGCGGCCGAGGCCCUUUACGACAGGCAGACGGACCUUAAAAGCAUCAACUGCUGCGUCGCGCUGUACCUGAACCCGGGGAAGCAGCAGAAACAAAGGAGCACCAUCAUCAAGAACAGCAGGAACCCGGUGUUCAAUGAGGACUUCUUUUUCGACGCGCUGCCCCAGGCGCAGGUCAAGAGCUUGGCCAUGAAGAUAAAGGUGGUGAACAAAGGCACGAGUCUGAAGAGAGACGUGCUCCUGGGGGAGAGGGAGGUGCUGCUCAGUGAGCUGCUGGCGGGCCACUAGGGAGCACCUGUCAAGACUUAAGCGAAAGCAGGCAGCUCCACAUCUUGGGGGCCCCCCUUCUUCCGUGGCUACCCUUCCAUUCCACUUCACAGAUCUGAUGAAUACUAAACAGGAGAAUGCAUACUGAUGGGGAGGGAGUUAUAUCCUGCACACUGUGUGUAAUGUACGGCAACAGGUGGACGAAUCAGGGCCUCUGUAGAAUUCCCAUCUCAUCUAGAUGCCAACAUCACCAACCAAACAAACAAACAAACAAAAAAACGACAGCUCACCAGUAUAUUAACAAUGUGAACAGUGGAAAUGUGGUCCUUGCUUGUGAGUUUCCCUUCGAGUGUUGAAUUACAAACAGUGUUGCCCCCUCCGAUGAGCCUUGUGACGUGCCUAGGUAUGCUGUGCUGCGAUGGCGGUCGUGUUUGAGUCGGAGCUGUAUUUCUGUAACUAUGCAGUAAUAGUACAUGUGAGUUCUUGCACGUUACGUGGAAAUGAAACAAAAUGCCUCAGUGUACUUUAAAUAAUUUAUAUUCGGAAAUGAAAUUUUAACUUUCAGUGGACGUGAUGUUUGUACGACUGCUGUCAUGUGAUAUGCUUUUGAAAUCAUGAAUAAAAAAGACAUGCUGG